AUGGGGCCGAACGACCAUCCCGUCCGCCUUAGUAACAGACAAAAGACUCAGAAGAGGACAAAAAGGGCAGCUGGUGAUAUCAGCCUCGAGGCAGCUGUCGCCAACCGACAACAUGGUCGACGGCCAGACCUUACAGAGAAUCGUACGGUGGAAAUUUCUACUGUCAUGUCAGGGAUAUGCUCAGACGGUUGUGGUAUGACGUCAGACACGCUUUUCUGGCACGUCCGUUUCGAGGGCAUGACCAAUUUAAGCGACAAACAAAUGUGGCAAGAAUGGCGCAAGAUUAUGAUUGCAAUAAUUUCUCUUCUCCUGAAGAGAAUUCUAUUUGAUGAUGCAUUGGAAAUUCUCCAUUCCAACAAAGACCUUUUCUUGGAAAUUCUGCAUGAUCGACAUUCCUUGUUUGCCGAGCAUUUAGAAGAUGUGGAUCUUGGGCAUCUUAGUGAAAUUACAGUGCUGAAGUCUUCAAAAGAUGGCAGGUGUAGAAACAGUAAAACUGCAAAGUCGGAGAGAAAAUGCAAUAGUUACUCUCUCAAAAACAAAGAACCUCCUUCUUUCAGGAAAUCUCCACCAAGGCCUAUCAAAGGAUACUGUAAUUCUGCAUCACAAUAUCCUUCGACUUCACCAUACUUGGGUAAGACUGAAUCUCUUGUACAUCCUACUCGUAUUGUAGUUCUAAAACCAAGCCUUGAGAAGACUCAGAAGAUGUUUGAGCCUGUUCCUUUUUCACGUGAAAACUUACGCUUUGGUUCAAGAAAGCCCACAAAAUCUGUAGUUUCAGCAAUUAAGGAGUUGUAUGAGGAAGGAAGAGAUAGUACUCAAAAUAUCGGACAUUUGUCUAACAAGGUUAAGGGCUCCAGAGAAAUUGCUCGGGAGAUUGCAGGACAGAUGAGGCAUACUGAAGGUAGUCAUUCCAAGAGAGCAAUCAACUCAGAACUGAAAACAUGUGCUCGGAAGGAAAGGUCAUGUACUAAGUUAAAUAAUUUUAUGCUCAACAAUUCUGAAUCAUAUUACUCGUGUCCACCCCACUCUGAUGAGUGGUGUAACGACUUCAGCCCUUCAUCUUCAUACUCAACUGAAACAUCAGUGAGCAGAGAGGCUAGGAAACGCAUGUCUGAGAGAUGGAAGAUGACUCAUCAGUGUAAAGAUGGCAUUGCUGCCAGGGGUGUGAACACACUUGGUGAAAUGCUUGCAUUAUCUGAUAGAGCGACAUCAGAUGCCAAUGUGAUUCCAUUGGAUAUGAGGAAGGUUUCAACCGACUAUUUUGCUGGAAAUGAGGUAGUUGGGUAUUGGGACUCUCCAUUAGUUAAUCGCAGCAAGGAUGAAUGGGUAGAUGAGAAAUCUUCAAAAUUACUAAGGUCCAAGUCUCUUCCUGCUUCUUCUACUGCCUAUGAAGGCCCAAAAUUAAGCUACAGAAAACAAGAUGGCGGCAAUACCUGUUACAUGCUCAAGGAUGUACUAAAUAUGAGCCCUGAUGUUUUUUCAGAUGCAAAUGUUGGGAUGUGGCAGAAGCCUUUUGUCAGAAAUUCUGGGUAUUCCAGCAGUAAGCCUCACCAGUCACAGCCUAUUGGAGAAGAUAACAAACUACCUGAGCUUGAGAUUCAUGUUCAAUCGGAAGAACUGAGGAGCAACAUACAUGUCAGAAUUCUCUCAGAAGAAGAUAUUUUACAUCCUUUACAGUCUGACACUGUAACUGAAACUAUGUACCCCACAGAGACCUUGCUGUUUCCUGUUUGUGAAAAUGGAAGCAUUUCAGCAACAACACAAGAGAAUGUGAAGCAGUUGUUUAUACAGUCACUGCCCGAGCCAGAUGGGUUUUCUGUUUGCAACAAUGAUAGUACAGAUAAGGAUGAUUUGAUUCAGCAUCCCCAACUAGGGACAUGUGCCCAAGUACUUGUUCUGAGCACCAAAGAAGGUGAACAGCCAAGCCCAAUUUCUGUCCUGGAGCUUCCAUCUGAAGAAGAAAGUUUAUCUUCUGGAUGCUUUGAGAGAAUCAGUGCUGAUCUUCAAGAGCUGAGAAUGCAACUCAGACUUCUUAAACUGGAGUCAGCAGAAAGGUAUGAUGCAGAACUUGACAUCACCACAGAGAGAGACGGUGAACCCGCAGGAGAUAAUCAGUUGGCUCUACCAGUAGAGGAGAAACUUGAAGACUUUACAGAUGAUGACGAUCGAGACUUUUCAUACUUGCUUGAUAUCCUCAUCGAGUCCGGUAUUCAUGGUGGUAACCAAGAUGGAUUCUCUGCUGCGUCCUACUCUCAUGAUCAUCUUGUGAGUCCAGAUGUCUAUGAACAACUUGAAAAAAAAUAUGGUGCUAUGGAAUCGUGGUCAAGAGCAGAAAGGAAGUUGUUGUUUGAUCUCGUUAGUUCCAGUUUAAUGUGGAUGAUGGCCCCUUCCACCAAUGUGCACUCCCACAGGCCAUCAAGUAAGUCUAUAUCGGCUUGGAAGGACAAGAGCCUUGCUGAAGGUCUGUGGCAAAUGGUAGAUAUUCAAAGGAAGGAACUAAACUACAACUUGGAUGAGAUGAUUCUGGACCCAGGUUGGUUACGGGUUGAAGAUGAUACUGAAGUUAUUGCGAAAGACUUGGAGCAAAUUCUAGGCGAUGAAAUCCUGGACGAAGUUAUUUUGGAAUUUAUCACUGGAUAGGCAUCGAGCUGUUUGCUAUUGCCUGCAAUAAUACUUGCAAAGGAAUAUUUGCCGCACUGAUCAAUACACUGAUGGCUGAUCAAAUGCCAACUGUGUCAUCUUCAGAAUGGGUCUGGCAAGAUCAACCUUUACAUGUCAGCCAUCUUCAAUAUGAAUAUGAAAAAGCAGAUCAGCUAUUCAUGUAAAAUCUUUAAGAACCAUGCAAGCCUUAAUUAAAAAUCAAGUUUCUCUUUGAUUGAAUA